UAUAUACUUUCUACUUUUGUUUUUGAAUAUACUUAUUAAAUACAUACAUAUUAUCAAUAAUACUUGGACAACUGUGUUGUUAGAAUUCAACCUAAAUCAUUAGUUUCUCAAAAUUGUUAGGUCAAAACAAUUUUCAGAAGUAAUUUGUGACUAAUUUAAAACUUGUACCUUUUAUUUAUCCUUAUAGGUACACAUUUUGUUAAGUAUAAUUUAAUUUUAACGCUGUUGAUUAGAAAUAAUAAAUUACUCAAUUAAAAACAAAAAUUAUAGUUUAAUUUUAAAUACCUACACUGAAAGUAAUGCUGUCAAUUGAAAAUGAAAUAAACCGAUGUGUGUAAAGGAAAAUGUAUAGUUUAACUUCAAAUACAUUUUCUCAUCAAAAGUGUCCAUAAAAUAAAUGUUUAUAUCAGUCAAAUUGUUCAAUAACAAUUGUCAAAUAACAUAACAAUUUGGUACAGGUUAGUUACGUUCUUGUCAAAUCUAAUACACAAUUAACAAUGAAAGAAGUGUUAAAAGUGAACAUCUAUAACAGUUUUGGAAAACAAUGCUUAUAGUACAAUGUCAAUAUUGAAUUAAAAAUAUUUUGUGCUCGAAAAUUUUCUCUACUAUCCAUUAUGGCUACUGUUGAAGAAACUGAUGAAGCUGAACAACUUAGAUUCUUAGCAUUAAAAUCUAUGGUAAGAAGGUCCAGCAAAAAGAAAAAUAGUUCUAAUCCUGACACUGAUGAUCAAGAUAUAUUGUUACUAAGAGCAGCUGCACUAAAGACAAUUAAUAAUAAAAGUUUACCUGGUAAUAAAGAUGAAAAACUAGUACAAAAUAGAUUAAUCAAUGAAAAAAAAAGAAGUAUAAGUAGCCAAGUGUCUCCAUUAGCAAGGAAAAAAAACAUCAAACAGACUGAUAUAAAAAACAAUAAUUUGGUUAACAAUAUUACUUACAAUACAAGUACAGGUAAUACUUCAAGAGUUUCGAAACAUAUUCAUGAACAAGAAUGUAAAAGUAAACAUAAACUUGAAUCCCAAAGUAAGUCUGAAGUCAUUAAUAAAAAUAUGAAAAAAAUCGUAAGAAAUGGAAGUAUUCAGCUAUCAAAUUUGGAUUCCGAAAAAUUUAAUGAAACUAUGAUAUUGCAUAUAACAUUUAGUUCAUCAGAAAGCGAAGAUUCAUCAAAUGAAUGUGACGUAGUUCAAAAUAAGGAACUUAUGCAGAAGAAGAAUAUUGACAAUGGUGCAUUAAGAUCACCAGUUCCAACAAUAAAUGUUCAUAAUCAUGUCAAGGCUGCUGACGCAAAAUCAGAAGAUAAUAAAUUGAAAUUGAAUAAUUGUAUGCAACAAAUAUGUGGACUUAUGAGAAAUUGUGAAGCAGAAAUUGAAAAACGUAACCAACAAGUAGAAAUAUUAUUGAAAGCAUAUGAAAAAUAUCAAUCCCAUAAUGAAUCAUUGCGUUCCAUACUCCAGACAAUGAAAACAGUUCGUGAUGAAUUGUCAUUAUAUAGUUCUGCUGAACAUUAGUAUCAGUAAGGCCCAAGUUCAAAUUCUUACUAAAUAAGAAAAAACAUUAUUUAAUUGUUAUUAUUUGUGUUUGUUUUUAUUUGGCAUUUUGAAUUAAUUUACUACUUGUUAUUUUUAUUAUCCAAUUACAUACAAAUUCAGUAUGGCUGGGUAUUGUAAUUGGCAAUGUUCAUUAAAUUUUAUUGUUAAUGGCUAUAAUGUAAUACAUGAUGUAUAGUUUCCAAGUUAUAAAUUGUAUAAGUGUAUCUUAUUUUAUAUUAAGUUAAAAUUUCAAGUAUUCUAAAUAAUCAAAAUAUUGUAAGUAACGUGUUUUUAAAUAAAUAUUGAAUAUCCAUACAUUAA